AUGGGCAUCCAGGGCAUGGAGCUGUGCGCCGUGGCCGUGCUCAUCCUCCUCUUCAUCGCCGUGCUCAAGCAGUUCGGCAUCCUGGAGCCCAUCUCUGCCGAAGACAGCGGCGAUGCCGACGUGGAGCUGCCGAGCGCCCGGCACCAUCCCGAGGGGCUGGAGCAGCUGCUGGCUCGCACCAAGUUCACCAAGCCGGAGCUGCAGUCGCUCUACCGAGGCUUCAAGAGCGAAUGCCCCAGCGGCCUCGUGGAUGAGGAGACCUUCACGCUCAUCUACUCGCGCUUCUUCCCCCGAGGCGACGCCAGCUCCUACGCCCACUUCUUGUUCGACGCCUUCGACGCCGACCGCAACGGGGCUCUCUGCUUCCAGGAUUUCGCCGUGGGGCUCUCGGUGCUGCUGCGGGGCACGGAGCAGCAGAAGCUGAGGUGGACCUUCGACCUCUACGACGUGAACAAGGACGGCUGCGUCAGCAAGGAGGACAUGCUGCAGAUCAUGAAAGCCAUCUAUGCCAUGAUGGGCCGCUGCACCGAGCCCGCCCCGGGGGCCAGCGCGCCCGCCCAGCACGUGGAGCUGUUCUUCCAGAAGAUGGACAGGAACGGGGACGGCGUGGUGACCUUCGAGGAGUUCCUGGCCACGUGCCAGGAGGACAAGGACAUCAUGAGCUCCAUGCAGAUCUUCCACAGCGUGCUCUAGAGCCUGCCCCCGCCGGAGUUUUUCUGCUGUUUCGGACAAGCAGGAGGCAGGAGAAAUGCAGCAAGUGGCUCCCAGAGACGGGACAGGACAAGGACAAAGACAAGGACAAGGACGAUGCCACCAGAGCCCCCGGGCACGGUGCUGCCACCCGCCAGCCUGACCCAUUUUGGGGGGCUGAGCCUCCCCUCGACGCGGACC